GAAUUUGCACUUGGUGAUCAUCCCCCCAAGUCAAUGAACAAGAGUGAUUAAAUUGGUGUCUUAUUCCCUGUCUAGUAUCAAGAGAAAACAAUCUCAUUUAUUUAGAUGCAUGCCAAACGAGGCCAUAUUACCUAACUGAUGAACACUGAUGAAUUUCCGUUGUAGCCAUUCGCUAGUGCCACGCGCAGUUAUGGAAGUAUAGGCUCUUUGAUAUGUCACUCACGAGGUUGGCGGUCUGGUAGCAAUGAGCUGAAAUUGGAUUUCAAAACUUAUUGCACCUUUGGCUCAUCAUUACAACCACGGGAGUCCUCUUUAGGGAAACACGACGUCUCUAAGUAGCUCUACUGAAGAGCCACACGGCAUUGAACCACGAAUUAAGGCAUUAGCUCCGUCUGUCCCCUCAAACGAGUUAUGAUGCAUCUAUCAAUGAUGACAAGGAUAGCCCUGACCUGUGUUUUUCUAGGCAUUCACGCUCUAUCAAGUGAUACGAGGUAAGCUUCCUUAUCUCACUUUUCCCACGGUUUGACUCUCAAAAUGUUCAUUAACGUCAACAUUUUAACAUCUCAUCAAUACAACUACGCUUUAGACUUUCAGGGUACGAUAUUCUAACAUCGGGACUUCCUUUGGAGGUUGAUCCAAUACUGAACCCCAACACCGUUUGUAAGAACACACCGUCUUUGAACAGAGAACAACUGGAACUUUGUAAAACGCAAGCCGAUGUUGUUGCUAGCGCGUUACAAGGGGCCCAAAUGGCGGUACAUGAAUGUCAACAACAGUUCGCAUACACAAGAUGGAACUGCUCGUCCUUGGAGACCAAAAACGGCAAUCCCUUGACGAGUGACUUAUUAGCUAGAGGUUAGUACGUACAGGUAUAAGCAUACAGGCUUAAUAUACUGAGCACAAAUCCGGCUUAUAAUCUCAGUUCUGAACGUUCCUGGUGAGGCCAUUUAUCCAAUUCAAGGAAGUGGCAAAUCACUCUACUGUGUAAAUACUGUGCGGCAUUUCAGGUAAGCAGCUCUGGUUUUUGAAUAAGUUGCAGGGAUUAUUGAAAGAAAAAUAAACAAGAGAUGCUGUUAAAUGGUGGAAGACUGCAAAUGUUUGGAUGUGACCCAAGGCCCUUUGAUCUUUCCAUAUGUCGCUCCUUUUUUUUUUUUUUUUUUUUUUCGUGCUUUAGGCCUUAUCAUUCGGUUUUUCUUAAUUUAGCAUCAUAAAUAUCGUAAGCGGACAGAUUCCUGUACUUUGACAAAGAGGUGUAAAUAUAAGUCACGCGGUAAAACCCAUUAAGUUUAUGAUUGUAACAUGGCCUCCUCCAAGUGCCAGGUCUAACGUAACAAAUAAACACUCUUGUAAAGGUAAACAUACCGAAGAAGGAUUCGACUGGCCUAAGUAGAUUACUAAACUGCAACACAUGUUAGCCCUUUCGAUCUCAUCCGAUUCAGAUUGUUAGGUUCAUUGUCUAAGUGUAGUGAAAUGUCCUCUCGAAAAUCUUAAAUUCCUCUUAAAAUGGAAAGCUUGGUGCAGACCUUGAUACUUAACAGAAGAGUCUUAAUCCGUUCAUUAAAAAUUUAUCCGCCAGAUUUUAGGCACCUAAGAAAGCCGAACGCCAUUAAAAGAAACUAACUAAGUUCCGACAUCACUAUCAACAUUAAACUGAUUUAUCUCACUUGAAAUACACUAAGUGCUCUUAGUUUCUGGUUUUAUUUACUCGUCGCGACGAAGACUAUGCUGUACGGCGGCUAAGAAUCAAUCACAUACACAAUUGGAAGAUUUGUAUUACUACGACCACCUUUUGACUAUAUAACCACAUCCUAGUCUCUUUCCUAAAAUGUGUUUACUUUAUUAAACGGGCACUCUCUAAUCUUUGCCUUGAUCUUCACCUGUGCCAUCUCUAAACGCUUCCGGUGUUGCCUGACAAUCCUAUCUCUGAUCGCCAUCAAGAUCUUGCCUAGAUAAUGUCUCAAACUUCUUCAAUUAACUUGCAGGUUUCAGAGAGACAGCGUUCGCGCACGCUAUUAUAUCUGCCGGCAUGACACAAGCAGUUGCAACAUCUUGCAGCGCGGGUAAACUUGGAACAUGCGAAUGCGACAAAACCGUCAAAGGAGAGGGUCAGGGCUGGAGCUGGGGUGGAUGCAGCGACAACGCUCGUUACGGUGCCGUGUUUACUGCCGAUUUUAUGGACUCUCGGGAAAGAGGGACAGAUAUCAAGUCGCUGAUGAACCUCCACAACAAUCGAGCAGGACGUCUGGUAAGAAAACAAGCCCUUUGUAAUUUUUACACAACCACUGAACCUUGAAGAGGUGUCAAACACAAGUCUAACACAUUUCAUCGAAUCUUCACCCGAUCAGAGAAUCGAAAUUAAAACAUCGUGACGGAGAAGUUGUCUCCAAACGUGAUAUUCGAAUGGUUACCUGAGGGGGAUAAAUCCGCAAACCGAAAGGUCAAAAUCACACGGUUCGAUUCGACUCCACUCAAGAGGAGUUAGGAUGUCCGUUCAUAACAGAUCUCUUACCCCAUCGUUUCAUUACAUCAGACUAUUCCAACAAUUCGGCGGUACCUGCGUGUCAUUGUCGUCUGCUAAAUGGCUCUUUUGAAAUUCCUAAAUGUAUCAUAGAAUGAUUACGCAUGCAUGCUUUGUGUUGGAAUAUUUGCACGCAGGGUCAGAGAUAUGACACAUUUGUAUCACGUGUUUGGCAAGCUUGACACGAACGCUCAAAAAAGGCACGGAAUGCUCUAAUCCCUCCAUAAAAUUUAGCUUUUGCCCUGUAAUACGUUACCUCAUUGUAUAAAUAGGUACUGCAGCGGUUUUAGCCUUGUUCGUGCAUCUCAUCGGAUUGUGUGCAUGGUACUAUGUUCUGGUACUUUCAGAUAAUUGGAUUUUCCCAUCACUUCCUAGAGUUGCCGACACAUUUUGUGGUUUCAUUUUUGUGUCAAACCCGCUUCAGAGAAGUUAUUAAGUUUUUAAGAUUUGAUUUAUUGAAAUUUGUUCGAAAACAAUUCAGACCCUAAGUUGCUAUUUCAACAAGAGUUGCGCAUUAGCAAAUCCAUCAGGGGUUUCCUAUCGUCCAGAGGCCGUUUGAUAAAUAUACCUAUCUAGGAGCUACCAGUACCUUUGAGAAGACAUGAGGCGAGGGACCGAUUUUAAAAUAGAUCAGUCGCUUUCGGAUCCAAUUAUUAAAGGUGAUACCAAACCCUUUGAAAAAAGUCGUGAAUUUAGAAGAAGGUCUGGAAGUACUUGACGUAAGAAUGGUAAUUUCCUGUUCGGGAAUUAACCUCUUUACUUGGUACUUUUUUCGCUCGGGGAGAUUUUCGUGCUUUCAGAUUAUCCCUUCCUCUUAUAUGUACCGACGAUAAUGAGCAAAUCUGGAAGUAAUACCGGGCCGGUUAAUUAGCUGAUUUAGAGAAGACAUAAAAGGGCCGAGAAAUCCCCGCUGCGUCUGAAUCAAUUGGCUUAAUAGCUCUUUGAAGACGUCUGUGUAUCAAAAGGACCAGGCGGGCGUCUUUACACAUUGCGUUCACUUAUGAAGAUCAAAAGGGCAUUUCGUAAAAAAGCAGGGAAAUUCCAAGAUAAUUAGAACCAGGUAUUUGGAUGAAGAGAAAAGCGUCAACAGAGAUAUACAGCGAAGUAGUUUAGUACCUAAAUAGCCCGGGGGGGGGGGAAUACUUCCUAGUGAUAGGAUGAGGGGGUUCUACUGCUGGAUUGAUUCGAAUUUUCAUGAAUAGAUUGGCUAUAUAUCACGGGGUUACAUUUUACAUAAAGUUACUAGAAUGCGGGCACACAUUUUCGAGGUGUUUGGGGUAAGAAAAUCCUGGUAAGUAUGGAUUUGAAAAUGGGAAGAUAUGCAGUUAAUGAGUUGUUACCAUUUUUAAUUUGUCAAUUCAUUUUAGGAUAACUAACUUAAUAAGGUAGAUACAUAAAUAGAAAGUGACUAAGUCGGGAUCGCAAAAAUUACGUUUGCUCAGAAGUGACUAAAAUGGGGUCUAAUUGGCAACAGAAUAGACUCUAACGUAGUAAGGGCUCUUAUAGGCCAACGGUACAAACGCAGCAAAAAUUGACUUAAGUACCCCCCUCUCCCGGAUAACACUGUCGUUCAUCUCAUGUGCUCUUCGCACGGUGUCAGGUUCUCGACAUAAACUAGAAUCAUCGUUGGCUUCGAACACUUUUCUGCUCAUCAAGUCGUUAGUUUUCUUUAGGAUAAAGCUCAUGUUGUUAUUAAAGAUGUGGCAAACACACAUUUGCACAUCUAAUUAGCACACACUUUUACUCGCAUCAGGGACUUUUAUGCACCCUAGUGGGUUUUUCAUUGAAAUCAAGACACACGUCGUUAAGUGGUAGACAUUCGUUAUGUAUUAAAUGAGCUUUACAUGGAUGAUUGCUGAAACAACAAAAAAUGAAAUAUUACCUGUGACAUAUGAAGAGUAGUGGUUCAUCUUUACUUUAGCAGAUGUCCUGUGCGUGUAAUUACCACUUACUUUACUCUUCGAUAAAAAAAAAGAAAAUCUUACAGCUCAGGACGAUACCAAUCUACUAUUUUAUUGAUUUUUAGACAAGUCCAUUAACAUCCCUUAUUUAUCACGGUUCUUCAAAUAUUUGUAGCAGAAUGGUUGAUCAAGAAAGCUUGAGAAGUGAGAUUCUUUGUCUUAAAUUUUCUGAUUUUCAAUCCAGCCGCGAGUUUUUGGCUGGUUUAAGAAUCAACGAAAUUCUUUAGGCGAGUCGGUGGAUUAAUAAUUAAGACAGUUUUGACCCUUUUUUUGGUCUCCUCUAAAUGCCCAUGUGUGUCAUAGUUAAAAUAAAAGCUAGUUAACAGUACUUUUGAGUGGCACUGUACAUGGUGCUCUACAACGUGGCUGAAUAUUUUUUGAAUUGCGGCUAAAACUCUAAAGCAUGACAAUCUAAUUGACUAAGCUAAGUUUAUUUCUAAACCGUAUGAGAACACAAGCAGAACAUUCAUUUGGUACUAUCCUGUACUUAGAACAUUUACAAAAAAAGGGAAAUCUAUGCGAUUCCACCGUUACCACUUUGGGAAAAUUGGUAAUUUGGGGUUCAAGCAAUGGAAGAAAGCGUAAGCAAGCCCCCCCCCCUUCCUCUUUGGAAUGGUUGUGAUGAGACUCGCUGCGUUAUUCAUACCAAUUGGACAUUUACCGCCGUUCAACUUUGAGUCAUAACCUGUGCGCUCAUUUUUACCGAGCCACACCUUCCUAAGAACUUUUAAUGGUAAACGGAUCAUUUUUAACUUAAUUUCAUUAAAUCCUUUUGACUUCAAAGACUAUGUGACUCAAUGAGAAGAAAAAUUCUACAUGAUCCGCUUAUGGAGGAUUAGUUACUGUUAAAAUAUUUCAAAUAGAACUGAUGGAUUCAUGUAGAUUUCGAUAAAGACACUUGACAAUGGUGGCGGUUUGCCUUUGUAACAUGAAUACCUCAUUGUCAUCCGUUAAAAUCCGGAAAGAAGAAAUAAAAACAUCGACACACAUCAGAUCAUGUGUAUGUGCUAAUGCUUAAAACAUUAUUAUCCCUAAAAGAAUGUUGAUAAACUGAAAAGACUCUGUUUGGUUGAACAAUGAAAGUCUUUUAACUUCUCAGCGAACUUUCUUGAUCAAUCUGCACUUGUUAUUCAGGAAAUAAAAGCCUUGUCCUAGUGUGACUUUCUCCGAAUCUGUUCAUCUUAACUCUGCCUAAAUGUCAAACUUAAGAACCAUGCACGCAUUAAAAACUCUCUCCAUUAUCCCUCAAAUACAAUAACUAUGGUGCGUAAACUGCCGAAGUUUACGUAAAAUGUUUGUUGUUUAUCAACCAUGUUGCUUCGAGACUUAUGCCCUUUGGUUCGGAAAACCUCAUAAAAAAUGUGAAAUUUUCGGUGCUCGUGUGAUUUUAUUUUUUACAAAGUUAUCAUGAUGAAAUUACUCAGCGUACACAGUGAGAUGACCGUGUCCACCUCGCAGGGUGAUUGCUGACUUAAUUCGUUCGUGCAUUGGUUCAAAGGACGGUUGGCCUUCACUUCGUUUCCUUGCUCACUCGUAGAAUUGUUUUUUCCAUUCAUCCUUCUUUACCAGUUUGCUUCCAUGUUUAUAGCUUGCUGGGUCUUCAAAUGUGGGUUAGGUGCAACAAAAUAUGGGCUGAUGAACGCUUUCAUAAGGACAUCGUGUAAAAUCACGUUUUCCAACCACAAGAUAACACUAAUUACUCAGGUGCUCCAUGGGAGGCCUGGCUUCUAGGACACGGGAUCUUUGGUGUUCUGUUUCAAAGCGCCAUCGAAUUUAAUGCGGGCGUUGUUCCGAUUUAUCACAUGUAGACUGAAGGAACUAUUUGAGAAGUAGUUCAAAACACUCUUUGAAACACUUCUGAGACAUACGGGAGCCUAAGAACACGGAAAUAUGUGUUCAGUUAGAAAUCAUGCUCAAGGAAAAAUAAUUAAGUUAUCCAUUCGUUUCUUUACAGGCUGUUCUGGAUAACAUGAAGACGAAGUGCAAAUGCACUGGUGUGUCCGGCUCUUGCACUAUGAGAACUUGUUGGAAGACUGUUCCAGAAUUCAAAGAAGUCGGAACAAUUCUUAUGGAGAAUUACGAGUAUGCCAUUCUCAUUCGAGCGAGCAACAGAAAUCGCGGAAAAAUACGACCACGUAAAACAAAGACAGUCAAACAAAAUGAGUUCCAAAGAAAUCUAGUCUAUUACGAACCCUCGCCAAGUUACUGCAAUAGAGACGACUCGAAAGGCAUAGCUGGGACUAAAGGAAGAAUGUGCAAGGUUGAUUCUCUCGGAAGCGACAACUGUGACACUCUUUGCUGUUCAAGAGGAUACAACAGGAUACACGCUACUAUAAAAAGAAGAUGUCGCUGCCACUUCAACUGGUGUUGUUUUGUAAUGUGUGACGAGUGCGUGGAGAAAGCGUGGGUGACCAUCUGCAAAUAGUAGCGUUAGCCUCUUCUUGACUCUGCUAUAGUGUAAACAUAUCUAUCACAGUAUCAGUUGGAAAAAUCCUGUUCCCGCUUCGUAUUAGAAGACAGUUUCCCCUUUGAAAACUAAGUCUUUCUUCCGGCGGUUCGUCCACCUGAGUAUCCAUUUAGCGUUGCGAGGCUCCAUUAACAUUCCAAACUGACAGUCAUUCUAACACUAUAUGCACGAGAAAAACUUUUACCAAAUAUGAGUUGAGAUGGAAUUUAAAGAAUGUUCACUUAUUUUGAACGUAAUGUUCAGAAAGUACAAGCCAUGCUAUCUGUAGUUACAAGCGCAGUAUAGAUAUAACUGUAUGGAAAAGUUAUAGUUUUGCAACCGGAGAACGAGAAACGUCAAGUUUUUUUCAACCUGGAUUUUGAUAAUAAAUGGUAUAAAAUCAGAAGACUUCACAGACCGGUCAUUAUUUAUCGCCGGGGAAAAGGAGGGGGCGGGGGCAGAGGAUUUUUGUUGUGUCACCUAAGGUUCUACAGUAUUCUAAUGGUUCCCUUACUGUCAGUCAAUUUUCUAUAG